AUCAUGGAGGGGCGUAAGAAUGGCCUGUGGAACACACGUCUCCCCAUAGAGUAUAAACAGCAGUUCAAUGAGGCUCCUCCCCCAGACCUGAUGGACAGAGUCCAGAGCUGGACAGAUUGUGUCAAAGUGGAGAGUGUGGUAGGAACAGAUAGGAAAAUACUGUACCCAGAGAUGAGGAGACUUUAUGCAGUAUCACCAACCCCUGAAUCAAGUGCCAAAGAUUCUGAAAAGAAAGAAAAAUUGAGAAUAUUGCCGCCAGUCCUUCCAGCACUUGGGACAGACAUCUGUGUCUGUGUAACCCAUGUGAAGUCCUGCCAACAGUUUUUUGUCACCAGAACUGGGCCUCAAGUAGCUGCAGUGCAUUCUAAAGUCCAGGAAGUUUGUAAGGCCAGGGAGAAAGAUAAAAUAGACAAUUUAACACUUGGUGCCCACUGUUUGUGCAAAUACCAAGAUGGCAACUGGUACAGAGCUCAAGUGGCCAAGAUAGAAGAGGAAGGGGUGACAGUAUACUAUGUAGACUUUGGCAACAUGGACACCGUCCCCCUUGAAGAUCUCCGGUCACUGACUCCUGAACUGACCACUGAGCCAGCCCAGGCUAUCAGGUGCAGAAUUAGUGGACUUGAGCCACUCAAGCCUUCCUGUGAUGAAGAAUUCUCAAAUCUAGUCUUAAAUGAAGAAGUUAAGAUGACAGUUAAAGCACAUGAAGACCACGACUGUAUAGUAGAGUUGUUCAGCAAACAUACCAGCCAGUCUGUAACAAGCUGCUUGGUUCAGAAAGGCGUUGCAAAGAGCACAAUAGUGUACCAUGUUCCAGAUCCAGCUCCCAUACAGCUGCCCUCGGAGUGCUUCUGGGACGUCUAUGUGACACAUGUCUGUACAACUACUGACUUGGUGAUAAGACUGGUUGGUCCAGAAUAUUCUGAAAAAUUAGAACAGCUGGAGUCAGCGUUGGAGAGCCAGUGUUCCCAGUGUGGUCCAGUGUCUGCAGUGGUAGAGGGUGAGGUGUAUGGGGGGCUGUUUGAGGCUGACGGCUGGCACAGGGUCAGGGUGAAGUCUUCUGAUGGAAAACAGGUGGAGUGUGUUCUAGUAGACCAUGGGGAUACAGAGACAGUUGAUAUUGGUCAGCUAUGGCCACUGACCGCAGAGCUUAACACCAGACUAGCUUACCAGGUGGUGAUAUAA